AUGCUUAAGAUGAACAAACGAGGCAAGGAUGUGAACUGGUCAAAGUUUGCAAAUGCAUCGCCUAAACCAAAGAGACUUCACUUAGAAGAGGAUGACUGUGAUGGUCUUUUUCACUGCCCAGUGCAAAUUUGUAACCACGAGGGAUUCGCUACGCAAAGAGGCUGUAGAAAACACGUAAAGAACAAACACAGUUGGUACUAUUACUUCGACGAGAAGCCAGACAGUGCUCAAAUCGAAAAGCUUAAUGUCGAUGAAACCAGCAAAUGUGAAGCCAGUGAUCAGAAGAUUACACCGCGUAAAAGCAGGACAAUUGCCUCUUUUGAUCCUAAGAACAAAAUUGCCAAGAACUUUUUUUCGUGGCUCACUGGCAGUGGUGGGGGCUGUAAAAGUGAUCGACAAGCACAACAGAUCGUUAGCAAGUGCUUGAAGUUUCUCAAAUUUUGUUGCGAGGACGAAGAGGAGGUCACAUUUGACAUUGUGGACUUUAGUUUAUGUUCACCUAAUCUCCUUUUUAAGUUUGUUGAUACGAUGCAGGAUGAUUGGAACCUCGGACACGCCGGACGCAUAGGCUACUUGGAUGCCAUUGCAGAAUUGGUGGAUUAUCGAAAAGUGAAUGGAGCAUCGGAAUCGGUAUUGAGGGGGCUGACUUCAACAGAAAUUUACUUGAAAAAAGUGCGCAAAACCGUUUCCAAAAUGAUGCGGUUGCAGUGGACCAGUGAGCUCGACAUCGAUGCCUUAGAAGCCAAAGGGCACUGGGCCACACUAGAAGAACUGUUGGAAGUCGUGGGUCGCUACCUGCCGCGCUACGAGAGCGUGCUGAAAUCAUGCAAAGAGAAACCUGGUGCUGUUUUGCCAAUAGAUUUAUCUUUUGCUACCAAAUUUGUGGCCGUCUAUUUAUUUAUCAAGGUCAAGGGCUCGCGCCCCAUGACAUAUCAGUACUUAACAGUGGAAAUGGUGAACAAAGCCAAGACUAACGGUGGAUUUGUAGACCAGAAAAUGUUCAAAACGGCUGGCAAAUAUGGCUUCGAUUCUCUUUACCUGACUGAGACGAGCAUGCAAGUGUUGGAUGGCUACAUCAACCACAUUCGCCCCCUACUCAGACCGACCUGCGACUUUGUAUUGGUCACAAGAAAUGGAGGGCAGCACCAAAAACUGGGAGGGCUAAUGAGUAAACUGGUCUUUGAUGCAACGGGAAAGUACGUUCACCCGACUCGCUAUCGACAGAUAGUGGAGACCGCGAGUUCUAGACAGCUGAGCAGCAGCGCGCAGAGCACAAUCUCCGAGGACCAGAAACAUAGCUCUGUUGUUGCAAGGGUUCACUAUCAGAAGCAGCGAUCGCGCGAGGUGGCAAGUAAAGCACAUGAAUAUUUGGAAAGAUUGCAUGGAGACAAAGGGUCAGAGCUUGAAAUAGACGUGCGCUCGAGGCUUUCAGGCGAUUCUGCGUCUUUCGAAGAUCGAAAUGGUAGCAAAACCGAUACUUCCUCAAACGACGAGGGAGAAACGAUCGCAGAAACACCACCCGAGCGUCUUUCAGGUGUCCCGAGACUAAAGCGGGAAAAUGCGUUUAUAGUGUCACGUUUCCCGGCGAGAAAAAAGAGUCUGAUGUUCACCCCCGAAGAAGACAAUUAUCUUAAAGCGGGCAUUGAGCGAUACGGCUACGGUCAAUGGAAAGCGAUUCUCAGAGAUAGCGAAUUUCGUUUUCAAAAGGGAAGGACAGCCAACUCACUGCUGAGCCGUGCAGCGCGAAGAUUCGGAUCACUUUCUUAG